AUGGCUCCAACAGACCACGACGGGGUGGUGAGUACGUGCGAGAAGGAGUUCGUGAAGACCGCCAUCGAGGCCGGCGUCAGACUCGACGGCAGGAAGCCGUACGAUUUCCGCGACAUCCACAUCGAGUUCGGGCUGGACGACUGCAGCGCAGAAGUUUCGCUCGGCGACACAAGGGCGCUCGCAGUCGUGCGCGGCGAAAUAGAGCAGCCGUUCCCAGACCGGCAGUCCGAGGGCAGCGUGCAGUUUUUCGUCGACCUCACGGCCCUGGCCGCCCCUGCUGUCGACUACAGCACCACCAGCGAACUCACCGCACAGCUUGUUCGCACAGUCGAGCGCUCGCUGAAGAACUCGCGCGCGAUCGACCUCGAAUCCCUGUGCAUCGUCACGGGGCGGCGAUGCUGGGCCCUGCGCGUCGAUAUCCGCGUGCUCGACCACAACGGCAACCUAGUUGACGUGUGCAUUCUGUCUGCGCUGGCCGCCCUGCGGUGCUUCCGACGUCCGGAAGUGACGCUCGGCGGGGAGACCGGGCAGGAGGUCGUCAUUCACUCUACCGACGUGCGCGAGUCGGUCCCGCUCAGCAUCCACCACCUCCCGAUCCCCACGACACUCGCCGUGGCACACAAGGGGCAGCAUCUCGUCGUGGACCCGACGCUGCUGGAGGAGAACGCGAUGGAGGGGACCGUGACUGUUGUGUGCAACGUGUUCCGCGAGGUCUGCGCGAUGCACGCAGCGGGGGGCGUCGCGCUGACUCAGGACCAGGUCCAGGAGUGCUUGGAGGUGGCGUGCGUGAAGGCGGGGGAGGUGACGGCGUUGCUGAAGAAGGCGAUCGAGAAGCACGAGGCCGAGCGUGUGCAGAUGCGCGUGCGGCGCAGGGGGCAGGGACAGGACGUCGACCUGGAGGGUGCAGCGCGGCCCGGGCCCGUGGGCAACGCCCCGCGGGUGGAGAGCAUGUCGGAGGACUCGGGGACGACGGACGACGAGGCCGCGAAGCCGUCGCAUCCGCUCCAUCCGCCUUCGAAGAGGAAGAGCGCGGGGAAGGCGGGGAAAAGGAAGAAGCGGUAG